GCUGCGGCGGCCGGGGGAUGCUAACGCCGUGAGCCGAGCAUAAGAGCAGAGGACCGGGAUCACGCACACACCAGCCACGAACCCUUCGGAACUCAGAGCACACCUGCCCUCAAAGUCCCCUCCUCACCAUGGCUCCCGGAGAGAAGAUCAAAGCUAAAAUCAAGAAGAAUCUGCCGGUGACAGGCCCACAGGCGCCCACCAUUAAAGAGCUGAUGCGGUGGUACUGCCUCAACACCAACACCCACGGCUGCCGCCGCAUCGUGGUGUCCCGCGGCCGCCUCCGGCGCCUGCUGUGGAUUGUGUUCACGCUGACGGCCGUGGCCCUUAUUUUCUGGCAGUGUGCCCUCCUCGUGUUCUCUUUCUACACCAUCUCUGUCUCCAUCAAAGUCCACUUCCAGAAGCUGGAUUUCCCUGCCGUCACCAUCUGCAACAUCAACCCCUACAAGUACAGUGCCGUGCGCCACCUUCUAGCUGACUUGGAGCAGGAGACCAGAGAGGCCCUGAAGUCCCUGUACGGCUUUUCAGAGAUUAAGGCUCGCAGGCGGCGAGAGGCAGAGUCCUGGAGUUCGGCCUGGGACGGCACACGGCCCAAAUUCCUCCGCCUGGUCCCACUGCUGGUUUUCGAUCACGAAGAGAAGGACAAGGCCAGGGACUUUGUCACAGGGCGGAAGCGGAAAGUCAGCGGCAGCAUCAUUCACAAGGCUUCGAAAGUCAUGCAAGUCCAGGAGUCCAAGCAGGUGGUGGGAUUUCAACUGUGCGCCAAUGACACCUCCAGCUGUGCCACGUACACCUUCAGCUCGGGGGUCAAUGCCAUUCAGGAGUGGUACAAGCUGCACUACAUGAACAUCAUGGCACAGGUCCCUCUGGAGAAGAAAAUCAACAUGAGCUAUUCUGCCGAGGAGCUGCUGGUCACCUGCUUCUUUGACGGGGUGUCCUGUGACGCCAGGAACUUCACGCUUUUCCACCAUCCAAUGCAUGGGAAUUGCUACACGUUCAACAGCGGAGACAAUGCCACCAUCCUCAGCACCUCCAUGGGGGGCAGUGAAUAUGGGCUGCAGGUCAUCUUGUACAUAAACGAAGAGGAAUACAACCCCUUCCUGGUGUCCUCCACGGGGGCUAAGGUGAUUAUCCACCAGCAAGAUGAAUACCCUUUUAUCGAAGACGUGGGAACAGAGAUCGAGACAGCAAUGGCCACCUCCAUGGGAAUGCACCUGACGGAGUCCUUCAAGCUGAGCGAACCCUACAGCCAAUGCACCGAGGACGGCAGUGACGUGCCGGUCAGGAACAUCUACAAGGCUGCCUACUCCCUCCAGAUCUGCCUUCACUCGUGCUUCCAGGAGAAGAUGGUGGAGAAAUGCGGGUGUGCGCAGUACAGCCAGCCCCUCCCUCCCGCAGCCAACUACUGCAACUACCAGCAGCACCCCAACUGGAUGUAUUGCUACUACCAACUGUACCAGGCUUUUGUCCAGGAAGAGCUGGGCUGCCAGUCAGUGUGCCGGGAGGCCUGCAGCUUUAAGGAGUGGACACUGACCACCAGCCUGGCGCAGUGGCCGUCUGUGGUUUCGGAGAAGUGGUUGCUGCCUGUUCUCACUUGGGACCAAAGCCGGCAAAUAAACAAGAAGCUCAACAAGACAGACUUGGCCAAACUGUUGAUAUUCUACAAAGACCUGAACCAGAGAUCCAUCAUGGAGAACCCAGCCAACAGCAUCGAGAUGCUUCUGUCCAACUUCGGUGGCCAGCUGGGCCUGUGGAUGAGCUGCUCCGUGGUCUGCGUCAUUGAGAUCAUUGAGGUCUUCUUCAUCGACUUCUUCUCUAUCAUCACCCGUCGCCAGUGGCAGAAAGCCAAGGAGUGGUGGGCCCUGAGGAAGGCGCCCCCCUGCCCCGAGGCUCCCCCCAGCCCACGGGGCCAGGACAAUCCGGCCCUCAAUAUGGACGAUGACCUGCCCACCUUCACCUCUGCUCUGCGCCUGCCACCAGCCCUGGGGGCCCAGGUGCCCGGCACUCCGCCCCCCAGAUACAAUACUUUGCGCUUGGAGAGGGCCUUCUCCACCCAGCUCUCAGAUACCCAGCUGCCGGGUGAGCCCUGAGGCGAGCUUGGGGAGAAAGAUCUAGUCAGGACCACCCGCCGUGGUCUGAGAACUUAGACCCGGCGACCCGACACAGAGGGGACCUUCUGCCCCCACUCUGGGCUUUUCAGAAACACUGCCUAAAAGCCUGCUUCGAACAACAAGAUGGGGCCUGGGCAUGUGCAGGGGACCCGCUGGGCCCUGCCCAGCGACACUUGGCAACCGCCAGGCCCAAACUCUCAGCGCAUCACUAGAGAGAUACCGGGUCCCAAGGAAUCGGCGCCGGCCCAGGAAAGAGGCCAGAGGGAGGCCUGACGGAGCUCUUCGCCAGGCCGUGAGAGAGAAGGACUCCUCCAAAGCCCCAAGCCAAGGCUUUCACCCAGUCCUCUAGCCUGGGCUGGGGCCCAAGGAUGUGACCUUGAGUGUCAAGGCUGGACAGCUACUGCCUGAUGCCAAAGACAGGAGGAAACGCCAGCCCUGGAGCUGGAGCUAUUUGUCAAUAAACUGUUCUUAGUCACUG